GCAUCACAAGGGUACCAUAUAAAGACAGCCAGACACAGGGCCCUGCAGCUCCACCUGCUUCAUGCUUAGAACUGCAUCAAGAUGGAUUUCCUUCAUAGGAGUGGAGUGCUCAUUAUUCAGUAUCUGCAGAAGGACUACCGGGCUUACUAUGAUUUUCUAAAUUUUAUGUCCAAUGUUGGAGACCCCCAAAAUAUCUUUUCUAUUUACUUCCCACUUUGGUUUCAGCUGAAUCAGACUGUUGGAACCAAGAUGAUAUGGGUAGCAGUCAUAGGGGACUGGUUCAAUCUUAUAUUUAAAUGGAUUUUGUUUGGCCAUCGUCCUUACUGGUGGAUCCAAGAAACUGAGAUUUACCCAAAUCACUCAAGCCCAUGUCUUGAGCAGUUUCCUACUACAUGCGAAACAGGCCCAGGAAGUCCAUCUGGUCAUGCAAUGGGUUCAUCAUGUGUCUGGUAUGUCAUGGUAGCAGCUGCCUUAAGCUACACUGUCAGCCGGAUGGAUGAGUCCUCUAUCACUCUUCGCAGACUGACCUGGUCCUUUCUUUGGAUUGUUUUCUGGUUGAUUCAAAUCAGCGUCUGCAUCUCCAGAGUGUUCAUAGCUACACAUUUUCCCCAUCAGGUCAUUCUUGGAGUGAUUGGUGGGAUGCUAGUGGCAGAGGCCUUUGAACACACUCCAGGAAUCUACAUGGCCAGCUUGAGUGUGUACCUGAAGACCAACGUCUUCCUCUUCCUGUUUGCACUUGGCUUUUACCUGCUUCUCAGACUACUCGGUAUUGACCUGCUAUGGUCUGUGCCCAUUGCCAAAAAGUGGUGUGCCAACCCAGACUGGAUCCACAUUGACAGCACGCCUUUUGCUGGACUUGUGAGAAACCUCGGGGUCCUCUUUGGCUUAGGUUUUGCCAUCAACUCAGAAAUGUUCCUUCUGAGCCGCCAGGGAGAAAAUGACUCCAAGUUGAGCUUCCGCUUGCUCUGUGCUCUGACCUCACUGACCACAAUGCAACUUCACCGCUUCAUCAAGAUCCCGACUCACAGGGAACCUUUAUUUUACCUGUUGUCUUUCUGUAAAAGUGCAUCCAUCCCACUGACCGUGGUUCUAAUUCCCUACUGUGUACAUAUGUUAAUGAGACCCAGUGAGGAGAAGAAGAUUAAGUAGAACUGCAGUGCCCUGUGGUCUCAGGAUCACCUAUUUCCUGCAUUCCUCAAUAGAACCACAGCAGAGAGACUGGGAACAUCUUUACAGAGGUCACACCAUGGUGGCCAAAGGUCCUGCUUCACCCACAGACAUAAGUUUAGCCUGCUCUCCAAGUGACAUUUAAAAAUAACAGUAUUUAACCAGAAAUAUUCACAUCCAUAUUUUCUUGACAAACCUGACAAUAUGGCAACAUAGAGACAGUAUAGCCCAGUAAAGACAGUUGACAGGGGCUGGAUGCUGACCGUUCCACUAAGCAGAAAGACUCCUUUUAAUCAUAGUAUUUAGCGCUCAACAGAACUCCCAGGGUCUGAUGCAUCUAUCAUCUUAAAGCCUGGCUACUUCUGGCUCCUGUAGGCCUCUUAGAAGUAUCCACAGUCAAAACCCAUCUUUACUGGAGCAUUCACGGGAGUUUUAUCUCAUGAAUCAGAUAAGGAAAUAGAAGUUUGUUCAGAUCAAGUAACUUGACUGUAAUAAUGCCAGGUUGGAACCAGAGUUGGAACCCAAUGCUUCUGAUACAUUUCUCUAUAACAAUGCUUUAUUUCUUUAUUUUUAGGGAGUUAAAAAAAUCAGUAAGAGCAAAUGCAUGUAUUUAAAGUCUAUAGUUGCCAUCUAAGAUACCUGUUUUUUUUAUUUUUUUAAUUUAGAAAUGGCAUUGAAAUGCCACAUUCUAUUUGACUUAUGUCCAGAGUACGGUGUCUUUUCCAGGCCAGCAAUGGCUGUAUAUGUUUCAAUAAACCCUGCUGAAAACAACCCACUGGAUUACUAUUCACCAGAAAAGCCUCAUCUCUUCACUGGGGCAUCCCCAUAUUUAACUUUUAGGAGUCAAGUCUUUCAAAAAUGAGGAUAAUCAAAUUCUUCCACCUCAGAAAAACUAUUAAAUACUUGUGCAUC